AUGCCUCGCGAUGCAACUCAGCGUCUCCACCGCCACCAAAAUCACCUCGAACAACACUUCAACAACCACGCCAACAAGGUGUAUUACCGGAUCAAAAACGAGUAUCAUCCGGCAACAAACAGCGAUGCUCCGCGGGUGCGCCACCGUCCAGAUCCUUGCUUCGUCCCUGUCGCCUCUGGUGCGAUAGCACAACCCCCUGCCUCUCGGUUGGACACCCAUGACGACGACCACUACCAUUACAUUAACCACCACCAUGAAUCUCGCCACAGGAGAUACAGCAGCGACAGCGCGAGCUAUCGCCAUCAUCACCAACACCACUACCCCCUCGACGGACCCCGAUCCAGCGAGCAGUAUACCUUCUGCAGCACUGUCAGACUGCACGCUGACCCUUAUUCUCGAUCCCAUCGACACCAGACCGAUACUCAUAUCCAUUUCCAUACUUAUACCCACACUUACACCCAUCCAGAUCUAUACCUACGACCCCGAGAAGGGGGCCGACGCCGUAACCGCGACGAUAGGGAUAGGGUGUCUCGCUUCGAAGUGGAUAUGGAUGUCUCCUCGCGGGGUGGCCCUAGGUUCUUGUGGCCCUAG